AAGCAAGUGGAAGAGAUGCAAUAUUGGAGCGACAUUGUUGAGGUAUUCAAGUACCAGAAGAGAGCACAGGUACUGGAGAACAGAUUGAUCACUGCCAUGGAGAAGAUCGACAAGUUUAACGAAGAGGAAGCUGCGUUCGGCUGGGAAGUCACGCAGUAUCCUCGUCGCAAGGAAAUAGCCGAUCAAUUGAAACCCUUUAAACAGCUGUUCGACUCGAUCUGCGAUUUCUUGAACAAGCACGAUCAAUGGAUGAACUCGAUGAUCGGCUCUUUCGAUCCUGAACAGAUAGACAACGACGUGGGAUACGCGUACAGAACGAUCUACAAACUGGAGAAAUAUUUCCAAGAGCCGGAUCUGAAGAAUCUGGCAGCCUCAGUGCGGGAGAAGAUCGAGAAGUUCAGAGAACAUAUGCCUAUCAUUUAUACUCUGGGUAAUCCUGGAUUAAAGGCUCGUCAUUGGGAACAAAUAUCGACGAUCAUCGACAUUCCAAUAAAAGUCGACGAGGAUUUAACGUUGGCAAAGAUCCUGGAGAUGGGCCUGGCCGUGUUUGCCGACAGGUUCGAGAGUAUUUCGGACAACGCCUCUAAAGAGAGCACCUUGGAAAGGGGUAUGGACAAGAUGGAGAAGGACUGGGCCGAUUUGUCUUUCACCGUGAACCCUUUCAAGGACACUGGGACCUACGUAAUUGCGGGUGUCGAUGAUAUACAAUUACUUCUGGACGAUCAUAUCGUUAAAACCGUCACCAUCAAGAAUUCGCCGAAUAUAAAACCGUUCGAGGCGAGGAUACUGAUGUGGGAGAACAAGCUGCACCUGCUGCAAGAUAUUCUCGAUCAAUGGCUACGCGUACAAGGUAUUUGGAUGUAUUUGGAGCCGAUCUUCUCGUCGCCUGAUAUCCAACAACAAAUGCCAGAGGAAGGUAGAAAGUUCUCGGCCGUGGACAAAACUUGGCGCGACAUCAUGAAGACUGUCCACGCUGAUCCUCGUGUUCUCUCCGUCGUCGAGAUCGAUAAGAUGUUAGAACGAUUGAAGAAGAGUUUUGGUUUGCUCGAGGAUAUACAGAGGGGGUUGAACGAUUAUCUCGAGAAGAAACGUCUAUUCUUCACGAGAUUCUUCUUUUUGUCGAACGACGAGCUAUUAGAAAUCCUUUCGGAGACCAAGGAUCCUACUCGCGUUCAACCUCACUUGAAGAAAUGUUUCGAGGGAAUAGACAGGCUGAAGUUCAACGAGGAGCUCGAAGUGUUGGCGAUGAGGUCAACGGAGGAUGAAGAGGUUGAUCUCGUGGACACGAUAUCCACUGCCGCUGCCAGAGGACAAGUGGAGAAAUGGUUGAUCGAACUGGAAACAAUAAUGCGUAAAAGCGUGCGAUACGUGGUGGAACAGGCGAUACUUGCGUAUCCCACUAAACCAAGGAGGAUCUGGGUGUUGGAAUGGCCCGGUCAGACGAUCCUCUGCGUUGGUAAAACCUACUGGACACUACGUAUAGAAGAAUCAAUGUUAUCCGGUGUGAUAGGUUUGGAGAGAUAUCUGGACCAGUGUCAGACCGAACUGAACGAUAUUAUAUUGUUGAUCAGAGGCAAACUGCCGAAACAAAGUCGCAUUACCUUAGAGGCUUUGGUUACACUGGACGUUCAUGGGAAAGACGUGCUCGCGAGUCUUUACAAAGACGAAGUAAUUAAAAACACGGACUUCAGAUGGUUGUGCCAUUUGCGUUAUUACUGGCUGGAGGAGAACAUGUGGGCGUACAUGAUAAAUUCAAGCCAACGAUACGGUUACGAAUACCUAGGCAAUUCCUCAAGAUUGGUGAUCACCCCUCUGACCGAUCGGUGCUACCGAACACUGUUCGGCGCGUUGAGCCUCCAUCUCGGUGGAGCACCGGAAGGCCCGGCCGGAACUGGUAAAACGGAAACGACCAAGGAUCUCGCGAAGGCGGUGGCCAAACAAUGCGUCGUAUUCAAUUGUUCCGAGGGUUUGGAUUAUCUGGCAUUGGGAAAAUUCUUCAAAGGACUCGCUUCGUGCGGCGCGUGGUCCUGUUUCGACGAGUUCAACCGGAUCGAUCUGGAAGUGUUGUCCGUGGUAGCACAACAGAUAUUGACUAUUCAACGCGCCAUAAACAGCGGCGCCGAGAAGAUGGUAUUCGAAGGAACGGAGAUCUUCUUGAACCCGUCGUGCGCGAUUUUCAUCACCAUGAAUCCCGGUUACGCCGGUAGAUCCGAGUUACCGGACAAUCUGAAAGCGUUGUUCCGUCCCGUGGCCAUGAUGGUACCCGAUUACGCGUUGAUCGCUGAGAAUACCCUUUAUUCGUACGGUUUCUACAACGGCAGGCCUCUGGCCGUGAAGAUCGUCACCGCUUACAGGCUAUGCUCGGAACAGUUGAGCAGUCAGCAUCAUUACGAUUACGGUAUGAGAGCUGUCAAGUCUGUGCUGAUCGCAGCUGGUAAUCUGAAGCUGAGAUAUCCCGAGGAAUCCGAGGAUAUACUGAUGCUGAGGAGUAUACUCGACGUGAAUUUGCCCAAGUUCCUCGUGCAUGAUCUGCCGCUGUUCGAGGGUAUCGCCUCGGAUCUGUUCCCCGGCGUCGUUCUUCCGACACCUGAUUACACUCACCUGAACGCGUGCACGAAGGAAGCGUGCGACGCGGCUAAUAUCCAAUGCACCGAUUUCUUCCUGCAGAAGAUCCAACAGAUAUACGAGAUGAUGAUCGUCAGACACGGUUUCAUGAUCGUUGGUCUGCCGUUCGGGGGCAAGACGUCCGCGUACAGGAUGCUGGCCAGUUGUCUAGGUUUACUAGAGGAACGAGGACUGAUGGAGGAACACAGGGUGGAGAUAACGGUUAUCAAUCCGAAAGCGAUCACCAUGGGCCAAUUAUACGGUCAGUUCGAUCCGGCCUCGCACGAAUGGAGCGACGGCGUGCUGGCUGUCAGCUACAGAGCUUUCGCAACGUCCACCAACUCGAAUAGGAAGUGGUUGGUGUUCGACGGACCGGUCGACGCCCUUUGGAUCGAGAACAUGAACACAGUGUUGGACGACAAUAAAAAGCUUUGUCUGACCUCCGGGGAAAUAAUACAGCUGUCACCCACUACGAAUCUGAUCUUCGAACCGAUGGACUUAGAGGUCGCAUCACCGGCGACCGUGUCGAGGUGCGGUAUGAUUUACAUGGAGCCUGUCAGCCUUGGUUGGACACCGCUUUUAACUUCCUGGUUGAACACUUUACCAUCUACCUUCACCGAGCACAUUAAAAUUCAUUUACAUGAAAUGUAUGCUAGGUUCUGUCCACCUCUUCUGCGUCUACUUGGUCGAUUCGAAGAGUUGAUUAAAAUGCCAGAGGCGAACGUGAUUAGGUCGCUGAUGUAUCUGUUCGAUUGUUUCCUCGACGAUUUCCACGACGAGAAGUAUCUUCAUACCUUAUCGGAUCUAGACAUGAGGGCGCAGAUAGAGGGUUGCUUCUUCUUCUCUUGCAUUUGGUCGAUGGGUGGCACGUUAACGGCCGAUUCUCGCCAUUGGUUCAGCGAUCUUUUCAGAGCGUUGACCGAGAGAGAAUUUCCUGAGGAUGCCAGGGAACGUUUCGACGUAUCAGACGAGGUCACGGACCCGUCGAAACCGUACGUGGUGAAUUUGCCGUUGACGGGUCUGGUGUUCGAUUACAAGUACGUGAAAGAGGGCAGAGGAAGAUGGAGACCGUGGUUGGACGAUUUGCAAGACCUCCCAGCGAUACCCAAAGACGUACCAGUCAAUCAAAUCAUUGUCCAGACGAUUGAGACCGUUCGAUACGUGCACUUGUUCAAAUUGUUAAUCUGUCAUCAAAAGCCUGUCUUAUUGGUUGGUCCAACUGGUACCGGCAAGUCCGUCUACAUAAUGGACUUCCUGUUGAAGAAGAACGAUCCAGAAACCUUCAAGCCGUUGUUCGUGAUAUUCUCGGCUCAAACGAGCGCUAAUCAAACUCAGGAAAUCAUCAUGAACAAAUUGGAUAGAAGGAAAAAGGGACUUUACGGAGCUCCUCCAGGAAAAUACUGGGUGGUCUUCGUGGACGAUCUUUCCAUGCCUCAGAAGGAAGAAUACGGUGCCCAACCACCCAUAGAAUUGCUAAGACAAUGGCUGGAUCACUGGACGUGGUACGAUUUAAAAGAAGUAACUCCGAUACAGCUGGUGGACGUUCAAUUGGUUUGCGCCAUGGGUCCUCCAUCCGGGGGACUGGAUGUUACACCAAGAUUCAAAAGACACUUCGUCACCCUGGGCAUUUCUGAGUUCUCCGAUAACGUUCUUAUCACCAUCUUCACCGCCCUGGUGUCCUGGCACUUGGACAGCAAAGAGUUUCCCGAUUUUUUCCGUCCGAUCGUUGAAUGCAUUGUUCAAGGUACUCUAGACAUUUAUAAGGAGACCAGGAAGCAUCUUCUACCGACUCCAGCCAAGUGCCAUUACCUGUUCAACCUGCGAGACUUCUCGAGGGUGAUUCAAGGAGUGCUGUUGUCCACGCCUGAAACUGUCACCGAACCUAUCGGUAUGAAACGAUUAUGGGUACACGAAGUGCUACGCGUUUAUGGGGAUCGAUUGAUCGACGACAUGGACAUCAAAUGGCUCGUCGAGCAGAUACGAAAAACUUUGUCGGAACACAUGGAGGAUGAUUUGAAUUACAUGUUCCAAAAUUUACUCGGCGAUGCGGUGACAGAAAUGGAGCUUCGAAAUCUGAUCUACUGCGAUUUCGAGGACCCAUUGGCUGAUCGAAAAUUGUACUUAGAAGUGGCAGAUUUGGAUCGCCUGGCGAUCGUGGUUGAGGAGUACCUCGCAGAGUACAAUUCCAUUUCAAGGACACCGAUGAAUCUCGUACUUUUCCGGUUUGUACUCGCACAGGUGUAUCGUAAGAGAGAUUUCAAUGUUUCUUCGCGUUUCCUCAGAUUUGCGGUGGAACAUCUGUCGAAGAUCUGUCGAGUGAUGAUGCAGCCCCGAAGUCACGCGUUGUUGAUAGGCGUCGGUGGUUCCGGAAGGCAAUCACUGACCAGACUAGCAGCCCAUAUCGCUGACUACGAGCUGUUCCAGGUAGAAAUGUCACAGCAGUACGGCCGGCACGAAUGGCACGAGGACUUGAAGAGUAUCUUAAAAAAGAGCGCCGCUAGUGAGCUGCACACCGUCUUCCUCUUCAUGGACACUCAAAUCAAAGAAGAAUCGUUCUUAGAAGACAUCAGCAACUUGUUAAAUUCCGGAGAGGUACCGAACCUAUUCGCCCCCGACGAGAUGUCCGACAUUUGCGAGAAGAUGCGCGUGAUCGAUCGUCAAAGGGACAGAUCCAUGCAGACGGACGGAAGUCCUGUGGCCCUCUUCAACUUCUUCGUGCAGACGGUCCGCGAGCAUCUGCACGUGGUCGUCACUAUGUCGCCGAUAGGUGAUAAUUUUCGCGUCAGGAUUCGAAAGUUUCCAGCUUUGGUCAAUUGUUGCACGAUAGAUUGGCUUCAACCUUGGCCAGAGGACGCACUACUAGCUGUGGCAACUAAGUUUCUAGGUGAAAUUGAUCUGACGAAGAAAGAGGAAACCGCGUGCAUCGAGAUGUGUCAAUACUUUCACACCUCCACCCAGCAGUUGUCGCACGAGUUCCUUAGGAAGACCAAGAGGCACAACUACGUCACGCCCACCUCGUACCUGGAGCUCAUCAACACUUUCAAGGAUCUGCUGAGGAAAAAGAGGAAGGCGACGAUCGACGGGAAGAAGAGGUACGAGGCGGGUCUGGAAAGGUUGGACAGUACUCACAAGCAAGUGGAGAAGAUGCAGGAGAUUUUAGUUGCUUUGCAACCGAAGCUGCUUAUCGCUGCCAAGGACGUCGAGGCCAUGUUCCUCAACGUUCAAAAGGAGAGCGACGAGGUCGCAGCCAUGGAGCAAGUCGUCAAGAUGGACGAGGAGGCUGCUAUGGUGGUGGCACACGAAGCGGAUGGCAUUCGUGCGGAAUGCGACGCCGACUUGCAAGAUGUGAUGCCGAUACUGAACGCGGCUAACGACGCCUUAAACACUUUAACCCCGCAGGAUAUUCAAAUAGUGAGAUCCAUGAAACGACCGCCAGCCGGUGUUCGAUUAGUUAUGGAAGCAGUCUGCAUACUGAAGGACGUGAAACCAGAGAAGGUUUCCACCCCAGAAGGCACGGUGGACGAUUACUGGAAAGCUUCACUUCGUCUACUAAGCGACAUGAAGUUCCUCGAGUCCUUAUUGUUAUUCGACAAGGAUAACAUCUCGGAGAAGAUCAUGACGAAGAUCCGAACUACGAUCCUAACGAACCCGAAUUUCGACCCGGAGAGGGUCAGACAAGUUUCUACAGCCUGCGAAGGUCUCUGCAGAUGGGUGUUCGCGUUAUCAGAGUACGACCAGGUGGCCAAGAUAGUAGCACCGAAGAAGCAAGCUUUGGCUAAGGCAGAAGCCGACUAUUCGGUAGCGAUGGCCCAGUUGAAUCUGAAGAGAAGGCAGCUACAGGAAGUCAGAGACAGGCUGGCGAAACUGGAGGAACUUUUGCAGCAACGAAGAAUCGAGUACCAGGCGAUGAACGACGAGGUGAAAGACUGCGAAGAGAAGUUAAGAAGAGCGAAGGAAUUGAUCGGAGGCCUAGGUGGAGAAUACACCAGAUGGUCUGACACUGCUAGAGAGCUUGGUGAACGCUAUCACAUCCUGACGGGGGACAUCCUCAUAGGUUCUGGUAUCGUUGCAUACCUAGGCGUGUUCACGUCACAGUACAGACAGCAACAGAUCGGAGAUUGGGUGAAGAUCUGCACCGACCUGAACGUGUUUUGCACCCAGGACUAUCAGCUGACCCAGGUCUUAGGCGAUCCUGUGCUCAUACGUUCUUGGAACAUCUUCGGCUUGCCCACUGACCUCUUCUCCAUAGACAACGGGAUCAUCGUGACGAAUUCCAGAAGAUGGCCGUUGAUGAUCGAUCCCCAAGGUCAGGCUAACAAAUGGGUCAAAAACAUGGAGAAAGAUAAUAGCGUGAACGUGAUCAGACUGAUCCAGAGUGAUUAUAUGAGGAUCCUGGAGAACGCUGUGCAGUUUGGACAGCCAGUUUUGUUGGAGAACGUUGGCGAAGAACUUGACGCUGCCUUGGAGUCCUUAUUAAUGAAGCAAACGUUCAGGGCUGGAGGUGCUGUGUGCAUUAAGAUCGGCGAUUCCAUCAUCGAGUACUCUGAUCACUUUCGAUUCUACAUCACGACCAAACUACGUAAUCCACACUAUCUACCGGAAGUGGCAGUGAAAGUAACGCUGUUAAACUUCAUGAUCACACCGAUCGGAUUGGAGGAUCAGCUGUUGGGUAUCGUGGUAGCGAAGGAGAGGCCGGAUUUAGAGUCAGAGAAGAAUCAGCUGAUCGUCCAAGGAGCCGCCAACAAGAAAAUGUUGAAGGAGAUCGAGGAUCAGAUACUGGAAGUCCUGUCGACGUCCCAGGAGAACAUUCUCGAGGACGAGACUGCGAUCAGCGUGUUAAGCUCCUCGAAGACGUUGUCGAACGAGAUUCUGGCUAAGCAAAUGGUCGCCGAGGUCACCGAAAAAUCCAUCGACGCUGCUAGAUUAGAGUACACCCCUAUUGCUGUUUAUAGCACCGUUCUGUUCUUCACCAUCGCUAUAUUGGCGAACAUCGAUCCGAUGUAUCAGUACUCUUUGGUCUGGUUCAUGAAUCUCUUCAAACAGACGAUCGAUAAUACGGAACAUGUCGAGGAUAUAGGGCAGCGAUUGGAGGACCUCACGAAACACUUCACGUACUCCCUUUACGUGAACAUAUGUCGCUCGUUGUUCGAGAAGGACAAGCUUUUAUUCUCGGUGUUGCUUUCGGUGAACCUGCUGAACAAGCAGGGAGCGAUCUCGAUGCCUCAAUGGAUGUUUCUGUUGACCGGUGGUGUGGGCCUUGAGAAUCCCUUCGCGAAUCCCACUCAAUGGCUACCGUCGAAAUCCUGGGACGAAUUGUGCCGUUUGAGCAGCGUUUCUGGUUUCGAGGGAUUCAAAGACACGUUCACGAAAAACAUAAGCGCCUGGAAGGUGGUCUUUGAUCACAUGGAACCGCAUACACUGCCGUUCCCCGUGCCUUACGAAAACCUCAUCCCUUUCGAGAGGAUGCUUGUGCUGCGAUGUAUUCGUCCUGACAAAGUCGUGCCUGCCGCUCAGCAAUUUGUACAAGAGCAACUAGGGAAACAGUAUAUCGAGUCACCACCCUUCGACCUUGUCUCAUCAUUCUCGGAUUCGUAUUCCUGCAUUCCUCUGAUAUUCGUGCUGACGCCUGGCGCCGAUCCCAUGGCGGUUCUACUGAAAUUCGCCGACGAUAUGGGUUUCGGCACCAACCGACUGUUCUCUUUGUCUUUGGGUCAAGGACAAGGAGUUAUCGCCGCUCAGCUUAUCGACGAUGGCGUGAAAAAUGGCACCUGGGUGGUUCUCCAGAAUUGUCAUCUUGCCAAGAGUUUUAUGCCGCUGUUGGAGAAGAUUUGUGAGAGUUUCACCCCGGGGACCGUUCAUCCCGACUUUCGAUUAUGGUUGACGAGUUAUCCGGUGGAACACUUUCCGGUCAGUGUUCUUCAGAACGGCGUUAAAAUGACGAACGAACCGCCGAAGGGAUUACGAGCGAACAUAGUCAGGUCGUUCCUGCAGGAUCCAAUAUGCGACGACGAGUUCUUUGAUACGUCGAAUCAGAAGGGUACCUUUAAGAAACUCCUCUUCGCCCUGUGUUUCUUCCACGCGAUCGUCCAGGAACGAAGGAAAUUCGGUCCGAUCGGAUGGAACAAUCAGUACGAAUUCAACGAGACCGAUUUGCGUAUCAGCGCUUUGCAAUUGAGGAUCUUUCUCGACCAAUACGACGACGUGCAAUACACUGCUUUGAAAUACCUGACCGGUGAAUGCAAUUACGGUGGUCGUGUGACGGACGAAUGGGACAGGAGAACUUUGAACACGAUCCUAACGAAAUUCUAUUGCCCCGAUGUGAUCGAGAAACAGAAAUACCAGUUUGACCCGAGCGGAAUAUAUUUCGUGCCUGUGGUAACCACGCAUACCGAGUUCCUCGAGUACAUUAAAUCUUUUCCGAUGGCCACCGCGCCCAGCGUCUUCGGGAUGAACGAAAACGCUGACAUCAUCAAGGAUCAGCAAGAAACUACUCUAAUGUUAUCGUCGAUAUUAGCUACUCAGGUAAGAAAACUUCAACGACGUAUUGAACGGACCGGAGAAACGGAAACAGACAGAGGAAAAUCAGCCGACGAGAUCGUGUACGAGGUGACGUCUGAUAUUCUGUCAAGGUUACCGAACGAUUUCGAUCUUGUCGUCGCCCUGGAGAAAUACCCGACGUUGUAUAAUCAAAGCAUGAACACGGUACUGGUCCAAGAAAUGGGAAGAUUCAACAAGCUUCUGCGAACGAUCAGAAAUAGCCUGGUGAACGUUCAGAAAGCGAUCAAAGGUCUGGUGAUGAUGAACAUGGACCUCGAAGAGGUGUACGUAUCGAUAAUCACUGGAAAGAUACCGAAGAUGUGGAUGAGGAACUCUUAUCCAUCUUUGAAGCCUUUGGGUAGCUACGUACAGGAUUUCUUGAAGAGACUGAACUUUCUUCAGUCGUGGUACGACGUAGGACCACCUACCACCUUCUGGAUAUCCGGUUUCUAUUUCACCCAAGCCUUCCUCACCGGUGCACGUCAGAAUUACGCGAGAAAGUACUCGAUACCCAUUGAUCUGCUUAUCUACGAUUUCGUUCCCAUGAAAGAGACUGUACUCGUGGAAGCACCAGCCGACGGUGUUUAUAUUUACGGUUUGUUCCUCGACGGAGCUCGUUUCAACAGGAUGACGAUGAAACUCGACGAGUCCUUACCGAAGAUUCUCUACGAUACGGUACCCUAUAUUUGGCUGAUACCGACGAAGAAGGACGAAUUGGAGGAAAAGGAAACGUACACCUGUCCCGUGUACAAGACCACAGAGAGAAGAGGUGUUCUGUCGACGACCGGCCACUCGACGAACUUCGUAAUCGCCAUAUGGCUCCCGACGGACCAUCCACCGGAACACUGGGUCCUCCGAGGCGUAGCUAUGCUCUGCCAAUUGUCCGAUUAA